GGAUGUUUUCCAUUUUUACCCCCGUGUCGGCCGGGGACACGGUAGCGAAACAUCUGCAUCCCUUCCCUCACACGCUCGCCCGCAUCCCUCCCUCUCUCACGCUCGCCCGCAUCACCGGCGCCGGCGUCCUCUCCCUUGCACCUCUCUCGCCCGCGCCGCCUCUCCCCGAGCUCCUCGCUCGCCCGCGUCGUCGGCACCCUCUCCCUCGCGUGCGUCGCCGGCGCUCUCCAACACCAGCUCCAUUGUUAAAAAUGCGAUUUUCCCCCCUCCGGCCCUCCGAUCUGCAGUGGCGGUCCUCGAUCUGCUGCGGCGACUAUCAAGACGGCACGACGGAGCUGUUACUGCCUGUCGCCUGCCCAGAGCUUCUGCUGCCGGUUGCCUGCCCGGAGCUGUUGCUGUCGGUCGUCUGCCUGGAUCUGCUGCUUCAGGCGAUGCCCACAUCGUCGUCUCCCUCCCGCUCCUCUUCCUCCUCCUCGUCGGUUACUUCACCACCUCAGCAUCACCGGCGGGGGGCUGGGAGGGGGAGGGGUGGAUGGGCCCUUCUUCAAGGCCUACAACCAUCACAGAGCAGAGCAGGAAGCUCGUCUUCGAGGCGAGGAUUUACUGUAGCCGCUUCAAUUAACAGAUAUGGUGCAGAUGUGGUGGAGUAUAUCUUUUGGAAUGGGCAUGAACCGGCCAAAGUUCAGGUUCUUCGUUGCCUUCUUCGGGUGGAGUGAAAUUGAGGUCUAGGACUACCAUGCUUGCAAUUGGGCCAACGAUUUGCUGCUGUUGCUGUUGAGGAUCUGCUGCCGUUGCUUCUGUUGAGGGCCAGUGAUUUGCUACUGUUGAUAUUGAGGAUCUGCUGCUGUUGCUUCUAUUGAGGGCCAAUGAUCUGCUGUUGUUUCUUCUGCUGAGGAUCUGCUAUCGAAGGGAAGGAGCUACAGUUGAGGAUCUGCUACUGUUGCCAGGGGACAAGCCGGCAAGGAGCACCGAGCCUGGAGGUGGUCACGCAUGAGAGGAGCUCCUGAUCUUCUCCCCUGGCCCCCGGCGAGCUGGACCUUCUGGCGACACGGGGAAGAAGGGAGGUGGUUCUGGGCGAGCUUAAGCUUGCCGGCGAAGUGCUGCUGGGGCCGGCGGCCGGCGAGGUGCCCUCCUGGGGCCGGCAGCGAGGUUCCUGGAUGAGCAGGAAGCUGGGCAGGGAGGAGGAGAUCCUGGGCGGAGGAGAAUCUGGGCGAGGUGGGAAGGGAGGAGAUCCUGGCGAGGAGAAUCUGGGCGAGGUGGGAAGGGAGAAGCUGGGCGGCGAGGUGUGCGGUGAGCCGGCGACGCGCUGGGAGGCGACGCACUUGGCGAAGCGAUCCCGAUGGUUUUUGAAUUUCAAAUUGAUCGAAGGGUAUUGUUGUCCAUUAGCGAUUUUUGGGGCUGUCGGAAAUCUCCUUCCGCGCCUUACAAAAGUGAACGGAGGGAGACGUUCCCGUCGAUGACGAGGUGCCUACGGUGACUUCGUAAAUUUUAAGAUGAUAUGCUGGCUCAGUCUUUCGAAGAUGCUCAUAGAGAUAGGGAUGAAUGUAUGCGUAUGUAUAUAAACACUUGCUGUACUGUAUUAAAAAAUAUUAUCUGUCUUUUAUUACCUACUUAUUUU